CUAUCAAAGGCCACGAAAGAUGAGCAAUUGAGAGCUGAACUGACAUGUGAUGAGGUGCUUGAUGUGCUGGAAAAAGAAGGAUAUUCAGGCAUUCCACGAAAGGAGUUUGUUGCUGGAAUUCAACCUGUCAUACAGUAACGAUCUUAGUUAUAUUUCACUAAUCAUUAUCGACAUGACCUGCCUUUGCAUAAAAACACUAUUUUUCACGAAGUUUCUUUAAAAAGCAGACACUACUACUCUUAAAUCACAAUUCUCCUAGGUCAAUUUGGAUCAAAGAUAAGCCAUCCCAAUAUCUACCCCAGCUGGUCCAAAUUGAAAGUGCCCUAUGUGAAUGUGGUAUUCUUGGCCCCAUGAGAAGAGACAAAGAACUCUGGAAGCCUGUCUUUGCAAAUGGAAAUUGUUUUACUAUUGCCGCAGAUGAAUUUCUGGAUCAGAUAAUAAUAAACUUCAGUGAGUCACAGCUUCGUAGAGAUGCAGAGUUUAACACUUACAAGUUCUUCGGUAAUGUUAUUAAAUUCAUCGAUAAUGGAGGUAACUUUUUGUUUUUCAUUUCACACAGAGAAUAAGGUAAACCAAGAAGCCUUUACAACAAAUUUAAAAUAGAGUUAUGAUGGCACCAGUGUCAAUUUGUGAGUAACAAGUAGGCAGAUGUUGUGCCAUCAGUUAGACAUAGAUGCUUUGUUGAUACGUGGAAAUUUGUAAUUUCACACAAGGAGGCAAAUGAAGCCCUUCUGUUACCAUGUUGCACUUUUGUCUAACACACAUGUAUAACACCACACUAUUAUUUUCCUUUCAAGAUCAAAGCCUCCUUUUUCAUUACAGGUAUUGAAGGUGUAACCUUGACAGACUUUGUAAAGUGGAUGACGGGUUCCCAAGGGUGGACCCUUGGGAUUUCCCAAGACGUUUACACUUGA